CCUCCUGAAUCCCAUUUUUCCGACAGCUCGUGAAUGCAGCGGCAGGCUCUGGCUCUGUGAAGAUGGCGGACUGUAUACGUGUUCCUCUGCUCCUGCUUUUGAUGUGCAUCUUCUCCUGUGUGCAUCCGAACCGAGCCGAAAGCAACAAAGUUAACGCUAAUGUCGAAAACGCCCCGAAUCCGCCGGGAGGCCCUGUGCCGCCCGCUGUUAUCCCAGCAGCCGGGGAGAGGAGCCCGGGAGCCGGGGCCUCGCUGCCUCGGAGGCGCUCUACCGGCUGGAAGUUGGCUGAGGAGGCGGUGUGCAGGGACGAUCUGACCCGGCUUUGCCCCAAGAAUUCCUGGAAUAAUAAUCUGUCGGUGCUGGAGUGCCUGCAGGACAAGAAAGAGGAAACCGAGAUUUCUGCAGAGUGCAACCAUUUGUUGUGGAACUACAAGCUGAACCUGACCACUGACCCCAAGUUUGAGUCUGUUGCUGUGGAAGUUUGCAAGAGCACGAUCGCUGAGAUCAAAGAAUGUGCAGCAGAAGAGCUGGGGAAGGGUUACCUGGUUUCCUGUUUGGUGGAUCACCGUGGCAAUAUCAGCGACUACCAGUGCAACCAGUACAUCCACAAAAUGACCAGUAUCAUCUUCAGUGACUACCGGCUGAUCUGUGGCUUUAUGGACAAGUGCAGAGAGGACAUCAACGCCCUGCACUGUGGCUCCAUCAGCACCGGAGAGAAGGAUGUCCAUUCUCAGGGAGAGGUGAUUGCUUGUCUGGAGAAGGGCUUGGUGAGGGAGGCAGAGGAGCAGCCGGGAGCUCACGUCAUAAAGGACGAGUGUAAGAAGGCCAUCAUGAGAGUGGCUGAGCUCUCCUCCGAUGACUUCCACCUGGACAGAUACCUGUACUUCGCCUGCAGGGAGGACCGUGAGCGCUUCUGUGAGAAUACACUGGCUGGGGAAGGACGAGUUUACAAAUGCUUGUUUAACCACAAGUUUGAGGAGGCAAUGUCAGAGAGGUGUCGGGAGGCCCUGACCACGCGACAGAAGCUGAUUGCUCAGGAUUACAAAGUGAGCUACUCUCUGGCCAAGUCGUGUAAGUCUGAUCUGAGGAAGUACCGCUGCAGUGUGGACACAAACAUGCCCCGAGCCCGAGAAGCUCGCCUCUCCUACCUGCUGCUGUGCUUGGAGUCUGCUGUGCACAGAGGUCGUGUGGUGAGUGGCGAGUGCCAGGGUGAGAUGAUGGACUACAGGAGGAUGCUGAUGGAGGAUUUCUCCCUGAGCCCUGAGAUUGUGCUCCACUGCCGCAGCGAGAUCGAGGGCCACUGCUCUGGACUGCACCGAAAAGGACGCACCCUGCACUGCCUCAUGAGGGUGGGCCGCGGAGAUAUGGGUGCCAUUGACCCCAACUGUCAGAGAGCACUCCAGACCCUGAUUCAGGAGGCUGACCCCGGAGCUGAUUACAGGAUCGACCGAGCUCUGAAUGAAGCCUGUGAAUCUGUUAUCCAGACCGCCUGUAAACACAUUCGCAAUGGAGACCCCAUGAUCCUGUCGUGCCUGAUGGAGCACCUCUACACGGAGAAGAUGGUAGAGGAGUGUGAGCACAGGCUUCUCGAGCUGCAGUACUUCAUUGCAAGAGACUGGAAGUUGGAUCCAAUCCUGUAUAAGAAAUGCCAGGGCGAUGCAUCUCGUCUUUGCCACACUCACGGCUGGAAUGAGACCAGUGAGAUGAUGCCCCCGGGAGCCAUCUUCUCCUGCCUGUACCGCCACGCCUACCGAUCCGUGGAGCAGGGACGCAGGUUGUCCCGAGACUGUAAAGUGGAGGUGCAGAGGAUUCUCCACCAGAGGGCGCUGGAUGUGAAGCUGGACCCAGAACUGCAGAGGCGUUGUAUGACCGACCUGGGGAAAUGGUGUAGUGAGAAGACUGAGGCUGGACAGGAGCUCGAGUGUCUGCAGGACCAUCUGGAGGACCUGGUCAUGGACUGUAGAGAUGUGGUGGGCAACCUGACCGAGCUUGAAUCGGAGGAUAUUCAGAUUGAGGCCCUGCUGAUGAGAGCUUGUGAACCAGUUAUCCAAGCCCAUUGUCAUGAGGUGGCAGAUAAUCAGAUUGACACUGGAGACCUGAUGGAGUGCCUCGUCCAGAACAAACACGAGAAGGAGAUGAAUGAGAAGUGUCUGGUGGGAGUCACUCACUUCCAGCUGGUUCAGAUCAAAGAUUUCAGAUUUUCGUACAAGUUCAAAACGGCCUGCAAAGAAGACGUGCUCAAGCUGUGCCCUAACAUCAAGAAAAAGGUGGAUGUUGUGAUUUGCCUCAGCACUACUGUGAGGAACGACACACUGCAGGAAGUCAAAGAGCAGCGCGUCUCCGUCAAAUGUCGCAAACAGCUCCGAGUGGAGGAAGUGGAGAUGUCUGAGGACAUCCGUCUGGACCCAGAGUUAUACGACUCCUGUCAGCCAGAUAUCAAGAGACUGUGUCCAAAUAUCAACUACGGCAACGCACAGGUGAUCGAGUGUCUGAAGGAGAACAAGAGGCAGCUCACUCAGAGAUGUCACCAGAGGAUCUUUAAACUGCAGGAGGUGGAAAUGGUCGACCCAGAACUGGACUACCAACUAAUGAGGGUCUGCAAGCACAUGAUCAGACGGUUUUGCACAGAGUCAGAGGGGAAGAACAUGCUCCAGUGUCUCAAACAGAACAAGAACAGUGAGUUGAUGGAUCCUAAAUGUAAACAGAUGAUCACCAAAAGGCAGAUAACGCAAAACACAGACUACAGGCUAAACCCGGUCCUGAGGAAAGCCUGUAAAGCCGACAUCCCUAAAUUCUGUCAGUCUAUUCUGAACAAGGCCACAGCUGACACGGAGCUGGAGGGACAGGUCAUCUCCUGCCUCAAACUCAAAUACGCAGACCAGCGCUUGUCUCCAGACUGUGAGGACCAGAUCAGGGUCAUCCUCCAGGAGUCUGCUCUGGACUACAGACUGGACCCUCAGCUGCAAAUCCACUGCACACAAGAGAUCUCUCGGCUGUGCCCAGAGGAGGCAGCAGCACAGGAGCAGACAGGGCAGGUAGAGGAGUGUCUCAAAGUGAAUCUACUGAAGAUCAAACAGGAGGGCUGUAAGAAGGAGGUGCUGAACAUGUUGAAAGAGAGUAAAGCAGACAUCUUUGUUGACCCUGUCCUUCACACAGCCUGUGCUCUGGACAUCAAACAUCACUGUGCAGCCAUACCGCCAGGCAGGGGGCGCCAGAUGUCAUGCCUGAUGGAGGCAUUGCAGGAUAAGCGUGUGCGACUGCAGCCAGAGUGUAAGAAGAGGCUCCAGGACCGCAUCGACAUGUGGAGCUACGCUGCAAAGGUGGCUCCGGCCGAGGGCUUCUCAGACCUGGCCAUGCAGGUGAUGACAUCGCCGUCUAAGAACUACAUCCUAACGGUGAUCGGGGCGGGCGUGGCUCUCCUCUUCCUCAUGGGUCUGCUGUGCGGUCGCUUCACCAAAAGAGUCACCCAGGAACUCAAAGACAGCUUCUUUAACUGAAGACGCUGAUGUGUGCGCGCCUGAUUUUAACGCCAUGGGACUGCCAGACGGGCGGUGCCAACAAACUAGCCCUCCAAACGAGCCACAAAUAAAUAAUAAUGAUAAUAAUAGAACAAUGAAAUGUGAGAUUAGGAGAUGUUUUAAAGUUCAAAUGUGUACCAUGACCACACCACCAAAUCCCAGUUUCAACUUCUAUGGGAACUUUUUGGCAAACUAGGAAAAUUCUUCAUCUAAUUCUGGCUGUUUUUGUGUCUCUGGUCAGAAAAUGCAAUUCAUAAAAAAGAAACGUGUAAAGAAAUAAAACUAUCGUAGAUUAUUAUAGAGAUGUGAACAUUUCUGUGUAAAGAUGAUACUGGAAUCAUUGCACAUUUUCUUUUUUUUAUAUCUAUAAAUAUAUAUAUAUUGUUUUGUCAUAGCCUUAUUUAUUUGUUUACUAAUGAUCAAAGUCAUUGUUUUCUAUGUUUUGAAUGUUCUCUGGUUGCCUUUUGUCCUGCGAGUGGGACAGGCGGAGAGGGGGGCGAGGGCAGCAGCUUUAGACUGUAAAUGUAGAGGAAGAAGUUACUGAACACUGUGGGGAAAGUGAAGGCACAAAUGUACUCUCAGAGCCGCCAUUUUGGUUCUUCUCCGUAGAGCCAUAGAACAGAAUGUGGACCAAGGGAAUUACAAGGGAAUACAACAGUUACCCUGGGGUAGACCGAGUGAAAAAGGCUGCCAAUGCAUAGGCAAGAGGAAGGCAAAUGUGAAGUGUAUUGCCCAAGGACACCAUGACAGAAUACACUUGAUGGAAGCUGGGAUUGAACUGGUGAUCCUUGGGUUGGUGGGCGAUGCUCUGACCACUCUGUCACUGUGUUUGAAAAAACAAUAAUUGUAAUUAGCAUGAUGUCUGAGCCUUCAAGACCCCAUGUUGCGGUUGCUGUGGUCACCCAGUGUCAGUGACAUGUUGCCGCAGUGGUACUUAAGAACUGAAAGAAGGAUCAAAUACAAAUCACCAAAUUACCAUUAGGAAAAGGUAUACCUGACCUAAUUAUUCAAGGGUUCCAACUUCCUGAUAUAUGUGACAUUUUGAGAACUUUUUCCCAUUCAAAAGAUAUUAUAUAUUCUUAUAAAUAGUUAAUUUUAGCUAGUUGUGUAAAAAUUCUGUCAUUUUCCCUUGGCCCACAUUUUAUCAUCACAUAGAUUUGUCUGGUAAUAGCACACUGAAGGUAUAAUCGACACAAGUAGAGGUGCAGCCACUAACUAGCAUACUCUUGUACCUCACCGCUUUCCGUAGGUCCAACUUUUUAUAUAGUUAAUGAUUAAACAGGUGAAGGAUUGCGGGUGUUGGGGAAUGGUGUGGUAUUUUUAAUUGUAUUGGUAGUUUGGGAAUGACCACUGUUGCUUUAACUAGGAUGCUCGUUUUCUUGGGGGCGGUACACUGAAUGAGUUUUAAAUAGACAGAUGACAUUUAUACUAUAUGGGUGUAUAAGAAGGCAAGCAAAUCUGAUAGGACAAUAAAGUGUGAAAUAUCAGCCAUUGAAUUCUAUUGUCUGUUGUCGGACUAUGACUUGAAUGCAUUGAGUUUAUUGAAUACAGUACUGUGCCAGUAGUAGUCUUAAUUUCUUUUACUGAAUAAGAAGAGUUGAAAUUGUAAAAUGAGAAAAAAAAAAAAAAAAAAGCAUAAACCAAUCUACCAAGGCACUGUUUUUUUCUUGCACCAGAUUUUAAACUGGAUUUACAAAAAAGAAAAAAAAAUCUUCAAGUCAAAUGAUCAAAAUAGAUUAAUAAAAUAUUCAAAAGCAUUUUUCACUAAACUAUUUGCGCAGUACUUUAUAUCUAGACUGAAUUUUAAAAUUGCAAUUACAAAGCUGCUUGUGCUGACCAAGCUUUACAUCAAGCCUCAAGCCAAACAAGAGAACAACAGCGCCAUCUUUUUUUAGUCAAGAUAUUGCAACUCAAACGUGUUGUCUAUAGUUUGCAGUGGGAGUUUGCUUUGCUUAUGGCACAUGUUAACCAAAUAUCAGAUGCACAACUUCAGUAAUAUUUCUGACUGUACGUUUUGCACAGAACCAUUGCACACCAAAUAAGUGUAUGCAUUUGGAUAGCUCCAUUUUGUUUAUUUAACAUUUUAUUAUGCAAUUUAGGCAAAUUUUCUCAAAACAUAAUAGCUAAAAUGUAUCUUUUUAAUGUAAUAGUUUUGUUUUUUCUUCUAAUUAACUUGUUUUGUAAUAUGUCAUGUCAACACUAGGCGAAACUGACUCCUACACAUUCACUGAAUUUAUGUAUAUUACCAGCUGGUUAAAAUGUGUUAUUUAAUCUGAUGCACAUGCUCCAUAUUUGACAGAUUUUAAGAAAAGAAAUAAUGCAAGUUCCUUGGUGGUUUUCAGAUUCUCAAACGUAAUGAUGUCCCAGAUGGGGGGGCAAGAGAAAGAUUUCCCUAGUGAUUUACAUUUUACUUUCCAUGAAAUUUCUAAAAGGUAAACUCACCAAUGUAUAACCUGGUCAUUUUUAUUAAUGACUAGGCCACAUAACUCACAAUAUAUCACAACAAAACCCAGCAUUUUAUCAGUAUGGAUUUUAACUGCAUUGGCCUGCCACGAUUAUUACUACUACUAUCGACUUAUUGUGUUCUUAGUAGUGAGAGUAGUAGUAGAUCUGUAGUAGUGAGAAAACUUCUGAGUUGUAGAAGGUUGAAUUAUGAACUUCUAUGACUUACUAUAGAUCUAAACAAAUUACUUAAGUGUUGCAUUCAGCUAUUUGCAACUUGAGUUCUUUUUUUUUUUUUUUUUGUAUUUAAGGGUAUAAUUCUGCUUUAUGCUUUAGUUUCUGUAUCGUUUAUCAUCUAUAUUUACUCCAGCGAUAUAUUCUACUUCAGACUUUUUCAUGACAGGCCUAUAGCUGCCCCCAUCUGUAUUACAAAUGAUUGGCCCAUAGAAUGUUGUGAUGUGAUCUGAAACCCAGCAAAUGUUUGGUGUUACAAUUUCAAACUGUCUAUGGGAGCAUUUAAAAUCUCAAUACUUUCCUUAACAUCAGUAGUAAAUAUUGUUGUGAAAUGCAUUUUAUUUUAGUUGAAUUACUGUGUCCAAGCCAUCUUGAUCAUAUUUGAAAUUUAUUGUAAAAUACUGUUUUCGAAUAUUUUCAGCAUUUAUACAGAUUUCCCCCCCCCCCAAAUAUGCUUAUUUUUACAGUUAUCUUACUUGUGCUUUCUUGUAUGAAACAGACUGGUUAUCAGGCCCCUCCCUCCUGUGGGCCCGCCCCCUGUACAUGUGUACUAUACUGUGCAUCACUGUAACUGUUGGAUCUCGUACUAUUGGUUUACUCUGUCCAUUGAAGCCUGGUGUGACGAGUGCUGCCCUCCUGCUUGUAAAUUACUUACUCAAUAUGCCUUUCUGUUUUCUCAAAGCGUGCCUACUCACCGCUGGUUCCCCAUGUCUAUAAGAACUACAAAAGCUCCCAGAAUCCUUUGCGGCGUGGAGGCAGGUGAUGCUGUGGCUCUAUGAAUGUGUGAGUGAGUGAGUGAGAUUUUCGAGUGUUUGAAAUGGCCACAGUUUUGGUUUGGAUUUGCCGCCAGUCCCUCGCUGUUGUCCAGAGCAAAAACGACUUUGAUGAUUUUAGGUUGUGAUGAAACUUUUUGUAAACUGUUUUUGUGUCUCUCAUGAUGCUCCAGAUCAUUGCAUUCAAUUCUCUGUCCACUUUCUGUUGUGUUUUUUUGUUCUGUACAGAUGAAAAAUGGACAGUUUGUUAAUAAUAAUAAAAUCUGCAAGGUUUCUAAA